AUGCAGCUCUCUCUUGCCCUGUGUCUCGUCUGCCUGCUGGUACACGCAGCCUUCCGUGUGGUGGAGGGCCAGGGGUGGCAGGCCUUCAAGAAUGAUGCCACGGAAAUCAUCCCCGAGCUGGGCGAGUACCCCGAGCCUCCGCCAGAGCUGAACAACAAGACCAUGAACCGGGCAGAAAACGGAGGGAGGCCUCCCCACCACCCCUUUGAGACCAAAGACGCUUCCGAGUACAGCUGCCGCGAGCUGCACUUCACCCGCUACGUGACGGACGGGCAGUGCCGCAGCGCCAAGCCGGUCACCGAGCUAGUGUGCUCGGGCCAGUGUGGCCCGGCGCGCCUGCUCCCCAACGCCAUCGGCCGCGGCAAGUGGUGGCGCCCGAGCGGGCCCGACUUCCGCUGCAUCCCCGACCGCUACCGCGCGCAGCGGGUGCAGCUGCUGUGUCCCGGCGGCGCGGCACCGCGCGCGCGCAAGGUGCGCCUGGUGGCCUCGUGCAAAUGCAAGCGCCUCACCCGCUUCCACAACCAGUCUGAGCUCAAGGACUUCGGGCCCGAGGCCGCCCGGCCACAGAAGGGCCGGAAGCCGCGGCCCCGCGCCCGGGACGCCAAAGCCAACCGGGCGGAGCUGGAGAACGCCUAUUAG